AUGAAGGCUGGCGGCAUCCUCUACAUGUUCGAGGAGGCCACGGUCACAGCUUGGCCGACCGAGCUGACCUUCCGAGCGUUCGUGUGUUCGGUGUGCGGGGCCUUGGUGUCCAGGGCGCUCUUCAACCUCGCCGGGCAGGACGUCCACAGGGUGCUCAUCUACACCCAGGACCGCUGGGAGGUGGGCACCUGGAGCUGGAUGGACGUGCCCUUCUUCGUGCUGCUCGCCGGGAGCAUGGGCCUCCUCAGCGCGCUCUUCUCGCGGGUGCUGGUCGCCGUCUGGGCCUGCCGCGCCCGCUGGAACAGCCGGCUGAUCGCCUGGCAGCCCUUCGCCAAGGUCCUCGAGUGCAUCCUCUACGCCUCGCUCUGCGCGGCCCUGUUUGCCCUCGCGCCCCUGGUCACCGGCUGCACCGCCGAGGGUCACUUUGUUUCCGACAGCGCCGUGGCUGACAUGGUGGCGUACGGGAAGAAGAACGCCUCGGCAGAGACGAGCAAGGAGGAUGACCACCGGCUGAAGUUGGUGCCACACAACUGCCCGUCGGACGAGGUGAGCGAGGCCGCGACGCUGCUGCUCUCCAGCACCGAGGGGGCCGUGAAGCACCUGUACUCCCGGGCCAGGGUGGCGCCCCCCGUGUUGCUCCUGGUGCUCGUGCUGUACACGACGCUCGCCGCAGGCAUGCCGGGGCUGCCGGUCCCGAUGGGCAAUUUCUUGCCCUCCAUGCUCAUCGGCGCGCUGGCGGGGCGGCUUGUCGGCGAGGGCAUCGAGCUGUUCGAGGUGAACAUCGGCCUGGUGGCGGAUGCCGGCGUCUACUCGCUGGCGGCUCACGUAGCGCCCGGCUUGGGGUUGGCGGCCGAGGGGAGCAAUCUGGGCGCAGGUAGCGGGGGUAAGUAUACCCAGGAUGAAGAGUUGGUGCUUGGGAUGUCCUUGGGCAUGGCUGCAGGUAAUCAGAGGGCCGUGCACCGCCUGCACCCUGCCAAGGCCCAGGCAUGCAUGGCGGCGGGGUUGGGGCCCUGA